AACUGGGCAGUCACGCCCCCGGCCUCACCGCCUGAGGGCGCGUGCGCGCGCGGCGCGGCAGGGUGCAGUUUCGUGCUUUGUCUUCUCGCGCAGCCCGGCGCGGCGGCGGGAAAUUUAGACUGGGCCGUCCUAGCCUCCACCUCUUUCUGCCCGGACCGCCCCGCUGGGAUGGAGGACGAGGAGGCUGAGGAGCAGCAGCGAUUCUCUUACCAACAGAGGCUAAAGGCAGCAGUUCACUACACUGUUGGUUGUCUUUGCAAGGAAGUUGCAUCAGAGAAAGAGAUGCAGUUCAGCAAACAAACAAUUGCAGCGAUUUCAGAGGUGACUUUUCGACAGUGUGAAAAUUUUGCAAAAGACCUUGAAAUGUUUGCCAGACAUGCAAAAAGAAGCACAAUUAACACGGAUGAUGUGAAGCUCUUAGCCAGGAGGAGCAAUUCACUGCUAAAAUACAUCACAGAGAAAAAUGAAGAGAUUGCUCAGUUUAACCUAGAACAAAAAGCAAAGAAGAAAAAGAAGUUUGAGAAUGGAAACAAAGAUUCAAGGGAGCCGGCAGAGGCUGGAGUAGUGGAAAGUGAGAAUUAGACUUUCCGCCACUUGGAAGUAGGUAGAGCCGCCCAGAAAUGCAUGUUGUCACAAAGGGGAUUCUAAGUGGAGGUUAGGAAAAAAAAGGCCAGGAGGCUUUUUGUCCUAUAUUCUCUUAAGUCAUUGACUUCAAAAGCUAAUUGAAGAGAACUGGAAACUCUUAAGCAAAAUAUUCCCAUGUCUUACUUAUACACAUAAAAAAGGUAUUGUCUUUGAAUGGUAUGUUAGAAAUGGUAUCUCUUGGAAUUUAAUAGAAUUGUGUUAGCAAUUAAACAUGGUCAACUUUUUAGAGCAAAAAAAUCAUAGUUUUUUUUUUAAAUUCUCUUACUUAAUUUUCCAGGCUAAAUGACAAUCCCUGAAAGAUAAAUGAGCAAAGCUAUAUUUAGUUAGCUUUUCUAAUGACCAGUAUUAGGAUGUUGUUUUUAAGCCCGUGUCACCUGUGAUCACAGGUAAAAGGGUGGAUGUUUGGAAAUGGUCCUUUUUACUUUUUGGAGUUGAUUUUCUCCAGCAACACACUAUGUGACACUUCUCUGGCUAUUUUGUUAUUGAACUAUGGUUCUACUGGGCAGAAGUAGAAUCCAGGACUGCUCUUCCAAAAUAUUUCAGUGUUUUGUCCUCUGUUUCUGUAAGAGAUGCUUCCAAGAGCCCAGUGCUGUCUUCUCUCUGGGGUUUAUUUUGAGGUCCAGGGUAUCCCUCUUCGCUUAGGGGCAGUUGGGGCAAAGAGGGGACUGGCAUUGACAGAGCCCUUUCUGUGUGCCAGGCGCUGUGCUAGGGACUCCCUUGAAUCUUCACAACUCUAUCGGUAAAUCUGAUUAUUCACGUUUUUUGACAGUCUAACUGAAUGAAGCUUGACGGGGGUAACCAGCUGCCCAAGGUCACCAGACUAUUGAUUAGUAGAGACGGUAUUCACGUUCAGGGGUGCUGACUCUAGAGUGCGCAAGAGAGAAAAGGGCAUGCAUCUUGGAUAGAAUUUUUACCACCCAUGCCCAAAUAUGAUCAGCAAAAGCUACCCCAAAGUCUGACUCUCAAAGGCAGAUGCUAAGCUAUGGCCAUAGGAAAGCACUGACUUCAAACUUCAUGACUUCAGGUUCUGCAACUAACUAACCAUUUUGAUCUUAGAUAAUAAUUGUAACAUCUGUGUGUCACAUCAGUGAAAGAAAAGUGAAUCAUAACAUCUUCCGUCCUUAUUUCAGCCAAAGAGCUGUAUGUUCGCAGUUUCAUUUUUAGAUAAGCUCUCUCUAAACCCCUCAUCAGGAAGAGUUUAUGGAAUAGAUACCAGGGGACUUUCCAAAGGCUGGAUGGAUCUAGAUGUGCAUCCUGGUUUUGCCACUUAAGUAACUGACUUUCUGAAACUUUGUGUUCUUAUCAGUGAAAUAGGGUUAAAAAUACUUCCCAGUGAGGUUGUAUGAGACGAAGGAAAUAGGUAGAAACCAUUGUAGCACAUCUUAUUUUUAUAGAUUUCUAUAGCUCCUGAAACUCAGUGUCUACAUGGCUAGAAAUGGUGAACCCGUGUGCUUGGGGGUCCUGGCCCCUGGUUGGCACAAGGAUGCUAAUGUGAGGUUUUCUAACCAAAUGAGAAUAUUGACUUGACUUUCAUGUAAUCUUUUGGUUUGUUUAGCGUGUUUAUGCAUGUCCCAUUUGUAUUUUAGACAUGGUCUUACAACACAUUUUUCUGGGAUUAAAACAUAGGGAUGGCUGGACUUUGUAAGGAAUCACUGACUCUGCUCCCCAUGGUCUCAUGAGCCUCCUAAUCCCCACUACACAUUCCAGUGAGGGGUUAGUUACUCUGGAACUUCCAAGGUGAUAUUGAUUACCCUUUACCACUCCAUCUGUGGCAGAAAGGAGCUCUAGAGGGCCAACCUUCUCAGUGAGCUUGCUUUCUCAGAGGCCUGGAAGCUCAUCUGAACUUUGACUAGACCUACAGAUGAUUAACCAUAUAAAGAAGCAGAUGUUUUUGCAAUAUAUUUGGAAAUAUAUGCUAACAUGUAGUUUGAUACAGUUUACAUUGAAAACAUUUGUUUUCUUAAUUAUGCCACUUUCUCAAAAAGCUUGAAAGAAAAUAUUCUGUUUUAAUUUUUUUAUUAUUGACGUCAGCUAGAGCAAAGGCAGUUUCAAAGUGUCCCCUUCUGUACCCAGCAGCAGCUGGAAUGUACCGGAAGAGGUCUACACUGGCUUGUCUACAGCUAAUACCUUAAAACCCAAAUGCCUGAGGUUAAUUGGAGCAUGCUUAUUCUCUUUACUAAAUUAUAGAAUCUAUAAAGAACCCUUAGAAGUUAUUUAGCUCAACUUCCUCACCAACAUAGGAACCCCUUCUUCAAUAUUCCUGACAUACGGUUCCUCAGGCUCUGUUGAACUCGUCCAGGUACAGAGAGCUCAUUACCACACCAGGGAUAGAGCACUCUUUCCAUUAUUGGACACUGUAAUUGUUACAAGAUUCUUACAUAUAUAGAGAAAAAUCAUCUACCUUCAGAUUUCUAUCUAGUUCCUAGUUAUGCUCUCAAGAAGAAGCCAUUUUUGUUUUCCUGGGUGGUACAAAUGGUUAACAGUCUCAGCUGCUAAUUGAAAGGUUGGAGGUUUGAGUCCACCCAGAGGUGCCUUGGAAGAAAGGCCUGGUGAUCUACUUCCAAAAAAUCAGCCAUUUGAAAACCCUAUGGAGCACAGAUGGGGUCACCAUGAGUCAGAGUUGACUCAGCGGUAACUGGUAUGUUGGUGGUAUGUGUUUUUCAAAAGAAUUCAGUACUGAGUUCCCUUUAAUCAAAGCUCCCAUUGUACACCUUUUCAGAAACACACAGUAUUGCAUAAAAUAUUAAAUUAUCAGCUCCAUGAGAGCAGACUUUGGAGUGCUGAACAGUGAUCACUCAUCACCUUCUGUAGUGCCUGGUACGUGAAAGGCACCCCAUGAAUACUUGUCCCCUGGGAUUUGGAGCAGCCCUUGCUCAGGUUACAUGGCUGUAAUCAGGGAUUCCCAACAUUUUGCAGUAGGAGCUCUUUAUACUGAUGGGAGAGUAAGUGAUUGAGGCUGUCUUCUUAACAACAAUUCCUAACAUGCAGUGGAUAUCUACUAUGUGUUCUGCUUGUAUUUAAGUGCUUUAAUGAUCCCCUUUGGUCCUCACAACAACUCUAUGAGGUACGUAGUUCCCCCAGUUUAUAGGUGAGGAAACUGGGAGCACAAAGAGGCUAAUUAAAUGGCAACGCCAGGAGUCUAGUCUAGAUUCCUCACCUUUAAAUGCUAAAGUGUGGUGCCGUAUCCUUGAAAACAGUUAGUAGUAAAAUAGCAUGCGGCCUUCCCCAACCUGCAGCACAUAAUCUUCUCAGCACACUUACUAUUGCCCUGGAAAUUUACAUCUUUCAUUUGUAGAGUAUGUAUCCUACCCCCCUUGCUAGGCUGUACCGUCUCUGUGAGACUGUGGGUCACUUAGGUCCUUUGUGGUAUGUGAGUUGCUGUACACGCACCAGGUGCUCAGAAAGUUGGGAGUCCAUUGAGUAAAAUCUGCAAAAAUAGACUAGGGAUAUGAAUUUUUCACCUCCAGGAAUGCCUCAAAAUCUUAAUGCCAUUUGUGGGAAUUGUUUUUGGUGCCAUCAAGUCAGUUCUGACUCACAGUGACCCUGUGUACAACAGAACGAAACACUGCCCAGUCCUGCACCAUCCUCACGAUCGUUGU